CGUACACAUAAAUCAUAAUGCUUGAUCCGAUCACUGCGUCGGUGAUUGUUUUUCAGCUGUAGCUGAGGCUUUUGCCACUAAACAGGUCGUAGAUUUUCUCUGUUCGUACUUUUCUCCAGAGCUGGAGACGGUUUCACGUUUGCUCACAGAUUAUGUAGUGCGUGUGUAUCCGUGGACCGAGUUUUCCCAGUUGGUUCGAUACGUGAGAUGGAUUAUUCGUGUUGAGUAAAGGCAGUUUAUUUUUCAACAGUUUUGAUACAUGAAAAAUGGAUUUGGGGCAGAUCCUUGAAGCCACUGUCACUGGAGAUAAAGCAGGCAUUGACCAUGCGGAAAAGUACCUCAAUGAUGCCAUUCAGCAAAAUCUGGCUGCUCUAGUCGUGGCUCUCAGUGAUGUAUUGGCGGAGGUCACUAGGUUACCAGCCAUUCGCAUGGCUGCUGGUCUGCGCCUAAAGAACUUGCUGACAUCGAAGGAUGCUGAGGUCAAGGUACAGCACCAGCAGAACUGGGCGAACUUUUCUGAUGAUGUCCGCACACACGUCAAGCAAAAGGUGCUGCUGUCACUCGGCACGGAAACAAUCUCACCGUCAAGUGCCGCGCAAUGUGUGGCGUUCAUCGCCUGCAUCGAAAUCCCCAUUGGUGCGUGGCCGGACCUGCUUCCUCUGUUGCUGCAAGGUGUCACCAAUGCUAGCAGCACCGAAGGCCUCAAGGAAGCAUCUCUAGAAGCCAUUGGAUACAUGUGCGAGGAGAUUGAUGCAUCGGUGCUCCAAGCUGCUUCUAACGAUAUUCUUACAGCAAUCGUGCAGGGUAUGCGCAAAGAAGAGCAAAGUGUGCGCGUCCGCCUGGCUGCGACCAAGGCACUCCUUAAUUCAAUGGAGUUCACCAAGAAGAACUUUGAGAGCGAUCAAGAGCGGCAUUUUAUUAUGCAGGUCUUGUGUGAGAAUACACAGUGCACCGAUGUACGAGUGCGCGUCGCGGCUUUGCAGAACCUGAACCAGGUCAUGUGCUUGCACUACAAGUUCAUGGAGACCUACAUGGGCCAGGCGUUAUUUGCCAUUACUGUUCAGGCCAUGCAGUCGGAUGAUGAUGAUGUGGCACUGCAGGGCAUUGAAUUCUGGUCGACGGUAGCAGAGGAGGAGAUUGACUUAGACAUCAGUGCCGCAGAGGCGGCUGAAGACGGACUUGUACCGGAGGUCGUAAGCAAACACUAUGCCAAAGGUGCUUUGCAGUUUCUCGUUCCCAUCCUCAUGCUUGUACUCACUCACCAGGAUGAAUUUGAUGAUGAGGAUGCGUGGAAGCCAAACAAAGCUGCCAGUGUCUGCCUCAUGCUUAUGGCAACAUGUUGCGAGGACGACAUAGUCAACCGUGUACUGCCGUUUGUAACGUCUAAUGUUACGAAUGAGGACUGGAAGUUCAGAGAGGCUGCUCUUAUGGCUUUCAGCUCUAUCCUGGAAGGUCCGAAACUUGAGACGUUGGAACCGGUGAUCGUUGAGGCCAUCCCAGUAUUCCUUUGUAGAAUGGAUGAUCCAUCAAGUGUGGUGAAGGACACUCUGGCGUACUGUUUCGGCCGCAUCUGUGAGCUGCACCCGGAGGCCAUCAUUGAUAAGCUGUACACCGGCGACUUUUUCAAGGGCGUAAUCGCUGGUAUUGAUGCUGAACCCACCGUUGCUGGAAAUUACUGCCUGGCUAUUUCUUCGCUUGCGGAAACGGCGUAUGAGAGGGCGGAAACGGAGGAGGGUGAGAUCCCGCCAACAUAUUGCCUGUCACCGAUAUUUGAGGUUCUGGUCACAAAGUUAUUGGCAGCCACCGUCAGGGAGGAUGCAUCAAGCAGCCACUUGCGGUCUUCGGCGUACGAGGCUGUAAUGGAGUUAGUCAAGAACAGCCCAGCAGACUGCUACCCGGUUGUCCAGUCCACCAUGAUGGUGAUCAUGCAGCGCGUUCAGCAGCUGCUUUUAAUGGCGCCAGAUGUCUCACAAGAAAAUCGCUCCCAGUUCAAUGACAUACAGUCAUUGCUGUGUGCGGCGUUGCAAGCACUGCUGCGCCGAAUGAGCGAGGAGGAUGCAGCCACCCUCGGUCCAGAAGUCUUCCGCUCGCUGAUCUCAAUGCUCCGUGCUUCUCUGACCGGUGCAGUACAAGAAGAUGUAUUAAUGGCCGUUGGAUCUCUGGUUGAACUACUCGGUGAACAGUUUAUCAGCUUCAUGCCUGAACUAAAGCAGUACCUGAUUGUGGCCCUGAAUGCACGGAACGAGCAUGACGUUUGCUUUGCCGCCGUUGGCAUAGUCAGCGACCUGUGCCGGUCUGUGGGAAAGGCUGCAUUAGUGGAUUGCGCGUCUGAGAUUGUGUCUGCACUGUACGCUGUACUGCAGGACGACACUAUCCAAAAGUCAAUUAAGCCCCAGGUACUGAGUGUACUGGGAGAUGUGGCGUUGUGUCUUGGCACGCUGUUUAAUCCUUACUACCACUCUCUGCUGCUCAUCUUGCAGGCCGUUGGUUCAGCUCCAGUGGAUCCUGAUGAUCACGAGUAUAUCAUUGAAUUGCGGGAAAGUGUACUCGAAGCCUACAUUGGUGUUGUGCAGUCCCUGACGAGUGCAGCUGAGAAUGGUGACAAUGUGGCCGCACAAGUAUCAGUCCUUGAGCCGCAUCUAGGAACGAUGCUGACGUAUGUGGAGCAAGGGGCUUCCGACCCAUACCGCACUGAUUCUCACAUUGCUGUGGCGUGCGGGCUACUCGGAGACCUGAUGAAAUGCUUUGGUCAGCAGCUGCUUCCAUUCAUUGACAAGAAGCCCGUCCAUUCCCUGCUGCAAGAGGGCCGUUCUUCAAAGGUGGCAAAGACCCGCGCAUUGGCACUAUGGACCAGCAAGGAGAUACGCAAGCUGAAAGUGUGAAUAUGCAAUAUGCCACCAUGCGUGCGUAUGCUAAACGACCGUCAUCAAUCAUCGCCCAGUUUUCUUUCUUGGUAGAUUAUACACGCAUCCACACCUGUGUACCAUGUCCAUGGGUCAUCGGAGUAAUGCCGCCAAUAGUCUCCUGCACAACACAGGUGUAAUCGGAGGGAUUUGCUUGACAUCGGCAACAUCCCCGGCAGCGUGACACCAAACAUAUGCGGCCUUCUUUGCAAUAAUGUGCGUCUGUGAUCGACUUGCAAGUGUGAGAGUGAGUGAAAGUGUGCUUGCCAACGAGAGACAGUGUGCGCCCGCGUGUGGAAGUGCGAGCUCCAGCGCGGGAUGAGCGAGCCUGUGAGCGAGCGUGGGUGGGAGCGAGUGAGUGUGCGUCUGGUGCUGAUUUGGUGUCAUGUACGAGUGGCAGCAGUCAACUGUCUACUCUUGAGCUUGGCAAGUGGCGUGUUAUUUGUUUGCUGAUGCAGGGGGUGGGGGAGGGGGGAUAGUCUCCUGCUCAGCAGCCGCCGCUUCCGCCACAUCAUCCCAAUGUGGGCUCUGUCUUUGCUCUAACCUUGGGUACUGUGCUGUAUCAGCUACCCCCAACCAGUUGACAAUCUUUUUCUUUUUAAUCCUCGUAACAGCUAUUUUUUGUAUGUUUUUGCCCAGUUUCUGGUCGAGGGCGUACAGUUUCUGUAUUACUUGUAGUAUUUUAUCUCCUUGACAGUAGAUUGUCUUUCUCUCCGACAUCAUUUCCUGUCUCCUAGCUCCUUGCUUGGUCAUACAAAGUGUGCUGGCACGUACAGCGCAGUGGCUUGUUCCGCUGCUGUCUCCCUAGCUGUUUUCAAUAUAAUUAUGAUGAGCAGGUCAACUGCCUUUCUCAAA